GGCGGCGGCCGCUCUGCGGGCAGGGGCGCGCGUGGUGGAAGGCAGGAUUUUGUUUAAGUCUGGACGGAGGUUGAACUUUAACAGAAAUGGCCGCAGUCCGGCCGGUUGCACGGGUUCUGCCAAGAGCCAAAAAGGUUCCCUGUGGCCCCUGGCCUGGCUUGGAAAGGAGAAGUGCGGUGUUUCUUGAAGAUGGAUUGCGUAGAGUGUAAAUCGAGAUGUUAGUCCACACCUAUUCAUCCAUGGACCGGCACGAUGGCGUGCCCAGCCACAGCUCCCGGCUCUCCCAGCUGGGCUCCGUGUCGCAGGGGCCGUACUCGAGCGCGCCGCCGCUGUCGCACACCCCGUCCUCGGACUUCCAGCCCCCCUACUUCCCGCCCCCCUACCAGCCGCUCCCCUACCACCAGAGCCAGGACCCCUACUCGCACGUCAACGACCCGUACGCGCUGAACCCGCUGCACCAGCCGCAACAGCACCCGUGGGGGCAGCGGCAGCGGCAGGACGUGGGCGCCGACGCGGGCGCGCUGCUGCCCCAGCCCCGCGCCGCGCUGCCGCAGCUGUCGGGCCUCGACCCGCGCCGGGACUACCACGCCGUGCGCCGGCCCGACGUGCUGCUGCACUCGGCGCACCACGGCCUGGACGCGGGCAUGGGCGACAGCCUGUCCCUGCACGGCCUGGGCCACCCGGCCAUGGAGGACGUCCAGUCCGUUGAAGAUGCCAAUAGCAGCGGCAUGAAUCUAUUGGACCAGUCUGUCAUUAAAAAAGUUCCGGUUCCUCCCAAGUCCGUGACCUCGCUGAUGAUGAAUAAAGAUGGCUUUCUGGGCGGCAUGUCGGUCAACACGGGCGAGGUGUUCUGCUCGGUGCCCGGCCGCCUGUCCCUGCUCAGCUCCACCUCCAAGUACAAGGUGACGGUCGGGGAGGUCCAGCGCCGGCUCUCGCCCCCCGAGUGCCUCAACGCUUCUCUCCUGGGCGGCGUCCUGCGGAGAGCCAAAUCGAAAAAUGGGGGGAGAUCUUUGCGCGAGAGGCUAGAAAAGAUCGGUUUGAACUUACCUGCGGGCAGACGCAAAGCUGCGAACGUCACGUUGCUCACCUCCUUGGUGGAAGGCGAAGCUGUUCACUUAGCUCGGGAUUUUGGGUAUAUCUGUGAAACAGAGUUUCCUGCCAAAGCCGUCUCUGAGUAUUUGAACCGGCAGCACACAGACCCCAGCGACCUGCACUCUAGAAAGAACAUGCUGUUGGCCACCAAGCAGCUUUGCAAAGAGUUCACCGACCUGCUGGCGCAGGACCGCACCCCAAUCGGGAACAGCCGGCCCAGCCCCAUCCUGGAACCCGGGAUCCAGAGCUGUCUCACGCACUUCAGCCUCAUCACGCACGGCUUCGGCGCCCCGGCCAUUUGCGCAGCCCUGACAGCCCUGCAGAACUAUCUCACCGAAGCCCUCAAAGGCUUGGACAAGAUGUUCUUGAACACCACCUCCACUAACAGGCACACGUCUGGGGAAGGCCCAGGUAGUAAAACUGGCGACAAGGAGGAAAAACACAGGAAAUGAAAAAACAAAUAAUAAUUUAAAAAAAAGAAGGAAAAAAAUGUUUUAAAUACAAAAGGAGAACAGAACAAAAAUUAAUUUUAGCUUUAAAACAAUAUUGGAUUGGCUUUGGAAGAAUUUCAGUAGGUAGACGACACAUACAAUCAUGGAGGAAAAAAAAAAACACAAAACCAAGUUUAACGAGACGAGAAAGCUAAAUAACUUACAGACCGAGGCUUGACCACAGCGUCGAUGUCGCCUCUCAAUGCCAAUGUCAAGAUGCCCUUGAGGACUGCCCUCCGGACCUUCUACAAAUCCGUUCUUUCCAGCCUAGUCAUACCGAUAAUAAAAGACACUACGGUGUCCCCCUUACCCUUUUUGGAAAAUAAACCUAAGACUAAACGUGAAACGACGCUAACUUAUUGGAAGAACAGCGGAGACGCGUUGGUGGCAAGACCUUUGAGAGCGGGUUCACUGGGAUGCACGAACUUUUUAAUUCUUAGGUUUUGGGGUUUGGUUUGGUUUUUCAAAGGCAAUCCUUGAAGCUCCCCCUCCAUCCCACCUGAUCCUUCUCCCCGCCAGCCUUUUUUUCCACACGGCCUUCCUUUCCCUCAUGCGGUGGUGGGGAGCCCGUGGGGGUGCAAAGGAGUGUGAUCAGCCCCUUUGGGUGGCUUUAGCCCCCUCCCCCAGCAGCCCCUCCCUCCCACUCCAGGCCCAGAGGGUCCCAGGUCACCCACCUUGCAAUUCCUGGGCCCUGGGUGCCUAAUUAGGGAGGGCCGGAAAUGGGUGGAGUAGGGGAGGGCGUGUAGGAGCUCAUCCUCCACUUGUUUAUGGUUCCCGCCUGCAGAACGGCAGAGGAAAUUCAAGGCAAAUAACUUGGUUCAGAUCCCUCCUAAAUUCCUCUCACAAAGGUGAUGCGUUCCCGGCACCUGCAGCAAGUUUCGCCUUUGUCCUAACAUUUGUGUCAUCUACCAAGUUUAAGAAGUAGAGUAAACACACACACACACACACACACACACACACACACACACACACAAAUCCCACCACCACGAAUACAUUGGUUAGUAUGUAAUUCCUUCCAGGGGUAUGUACCGUUUCAUUCUCUUCUGUUUCCCAAAGCGUUGCCCGCAUGGUUUAUGAGCUUGUUCAAAGAAGACUCGAGCUUCCUACACAAUCUAUAAGGUACUGACACA